UUUUUUUUUUUGCUAUACGUCUUUUUUUCUUCCUUAUCUUUUUUUUUCUGAAUCAUGGAAGAAAAAGCACACAAGGCUCAUCGUGCAAAAAAGUCUGGAAAGAAGGCUGAACGAAAGAAGGAAAACAAGUUUUCAAAUGCCAAAAAGUCAAGUAAUCCAAAGGCAUUCUCCUUCCAAAGUGCGAAAAAAGCAGAACGAACUGCUCGACGUAAUGUUGAUCUUGGUGAAAAGAAACUUCAUGUUCCUCAAGUCGAUCGUACACCUCUUGAAGCUCCUCCUGUAGUGGUUGCUGUCGUUGGUCCUCCUGGUUCUGGCAAAUCAACACUCAUUCGAUCUCUUGUCAAACGAUAUACGAAACAUAACUUGCACGACAUUAAAGGUCCUAUUACAGUUGUUAGUGGCAAAAAGCGACGUCUUACUUUUAUCGAAUGUGCAAACGACAUGAACUCUAUGAUUGAUGUAGCAAAGAUCGCUGACUUGGUUCUAUUGAUGAUUGAUGCUAGUUUUGGUUUUGAAAUGGAAACUUUCGAAUUUUUGAACAUUCUACAAUCUCACGGGUUUCCAAAAGUGAUGGGGAUUUUGACACACUUGGACAAGUUUCGCAACAACAAAUCACUUCGAGCGACCAAAAAGCGACUUAAGCAUCGUUUCUGGACUGAAAUUUAUCAUGGUGCAAAACUCUUUUACUUGUCUGGUAUCAUCCAUGAACGGUAUCCCAACAUGGAAAUUCAAAAUUUGGCAAGAUUCAUUUCUGUGAUGAAAUUCCGUCCUUUGGUAUGGCGUAACACCCAUCCUUAUGUAGUGGCUGAUCGUGUGGAAGAUUUAACCGAUCCUGAACUAAUCCAUCAAAAUCCUCAUUGUGAUCGUACAGUGACUCUUUAUGGUUAUUUACGUGGUACAAACCUCAAACCAAAUAUGCGUAUUCAUAUUCCUGGUGCUGGUGAUCAUACUUUGGCUGAUGUCUCCGUUUUACCUGACCCUUGUGCUUUACCUGAUAAGGAACGAAAACGCUUGGAUGAAAAAUAUAAAUUGAUCUAUGCUCCCAUGUCUGAUGUAGGCGGUGUUAUGUAUGAUAAGGAUGCUGUGUAUAUCAAUGUACCUGGUCACUUUACAAAGAAAUCUGCUUUGGCUCCUUCUGAACAAAAAGAAAACCGUAAUCCUGAUGAUGAUAAUGAUGACAAUGCUGGUGAAUCCGAUCAAGAAGAACAUGUCCCUAGUGGUCCUGGUGAAAAAAUGGUGAUGGAUUUACAAGAUGCUCCUGAUACUUUGGCUUCUCAAUUAGCUGAUUCUGAAUUACGUAUCUUCUCACAUUCUGUUCCUAUGCGUGCUGGCGAUUUAGAAGAAGAUGAACAAAAUGACGAUACUGGACGAAAACGACGUCGCGCUAUAUUUGGCAAUGAGGAUGAAGAUGAAGAUAUGGAUGAUGACGACGAUGAAGAUGAAGAUGAUGAAGACGAUGAGGAUGAGGUUGAAGAAAGCGAUGAAGAUGAGGAUGACAAUACGCCUCGACGUGGGCGCUCAUUAACAAAAUUCGAUACUCGGAAUAUCCCAAGAAAAGGUGAUAUAACUGCGGACGACGAUGAAGGACAAGACACCAUUGAAUUUGCCGAAAGUGAUAGUGAUUUUGGAGAAGAAGAGGACGAUGGAGAAAUGAUUAACGUUGAUGGACGACGACGACAACCUAGUGAUGAACAGGAUGAUGAACUAGCUGGAGAAUUACGAUGGAAGGCAAAUCUGAAAGAAAAGGCCAGUGACAUGUUCCAUAACCAUCGACGUACCAAUCUCAUGUCUUUGAUUUACAAUAAUGAAGAAUUGAGCCCUGAAGAUAUUGCUGCCGGAAACUAUGGCGAUGACAAGCAAAAUGAUACCGACACUGACGAAGAUCAAGAUGAUGAUGAUGAUGAUGAAGAAGAAUUCUUCUCUCUCAAAGCGGACACUGGUAACAAUGCCAAGCAAAUUGUGGAUACCUCAAAACAACAACCAACGGCUGAACUUUUAGGAGAUUGGGAUGAUGAAGAUGUGCUUGAUUCUAUUCGGAACCGUUUCAUCACUGGUGACAUUGAUGCAGCUGAAGGUGGAGAACAGCAGCAAGAAGAAGAAGUCUUUGGUGAUUUUGAAGAUCUUGAAGGUGACAAGGAUGAAGAAGAAAAUAUGCAAGAUGAAACUAUGGAUCCUGUGGAAGCUGAACGUGCACGUAUCGCCAAACGCAAAGAAGAAUUGAAGAAAAAAUUCGAUGAAGAAUAUGAUGAUGAAGAUGGAGAUAACAAGUUGGACUUUUAUGAAAAACGCAAGGCUGAAAUCGCACAACAAUUGGCCACCAACCGGGAAGAAUUUGCCGAUGACGAUAUACAUACACGUGCUUUGGUGGAAGGUUAUCGACCGGGUAGUUACGUACGAUUAUUACUCAAGGAUGUUCCAUAUGAAUUCAUUGAAAACUUUGACCCGGUCUAUCCUGUUCUGAUUGGCGGUUUAUUGACGACGGAAGAUCAAUUUGGCUUGGUACAAGUACGUAUCAAACGACAUCGUUGGCAUCGAAAGAUUCUCAAGACAAAUGAUCCUUUGAUCUUUUCCAUUGGUUGGCGUCGAUUCCAAAGUAUUCCUAUCUAUUCCCUCGAUGAUGGUACUCGAAAUCGUAUGCUAAAAUAUACUCCUGAACAUAUGCAUUGUUUGGCUACCUUUUAUGGUCCUGUACAUACUCCUAACACUGGUUUCUGUGCUGUUCAAUCAGUUUCUGAUAACAAAACUUCUUCCUUCCGGAUAAGUGCUACUGGUGUUGUUGUAGAUAUUAGUCAAUCAUCUGAAAUUGUCAAGAAACUAAAGUUGACUGGUACUCCCACCAAAGUUUACAAGAAUACAGCUUUCAUCAAGGAUAUGUUUACAUCGUCAUUGGAAGUGGCCAAAUUUGAAGGUGCUACUAUUCGAACUGUAUCUGGUAUCCGUGGUCAAGUCAAGAAGGCUUUACCGAAACCUGAUGGUCAUUAUCGUGCUACUUUUGAAGACAAACUUUUGAUGAGUGAUAUUGUAUUCUUACGUGCAUGGUAUCCUGUUAAGCCUAGAAAAUUCUACAAUCCUGUUACCUCUUUACUACUAUCAUCCAAGUCUGAAUGGAAAGGUAUGCGAUUGACAGGUGAAGUUCGUCGGGACCUGAACCUUCAUGCUCCUCAAAAUGUGGAUUCUACAUACAAGCCAAUCGAAAGAAAGACAAGAAGAUUCAAUACACUCAAAGUACCUAAAUCAUUACAAGCAGAACUUCCUUUUGCCUCGAAACCCAAGAUCGCAAAGCCAAGCAAAAAGAAAUCCUAUUUAGCUAAACGAGCUGUAGUAUUGGAACCUGAAGAAAAGAAGAUCUACACUAUGAUGCAACAACUCAAUACUCUACGAAACGAAAAGGAUCGCAAGCGUAAAAUCAAGGAUACAGAACGUCGUGAAAUUUAUGAAAAGAAGAAGGCUAAAAUUGCUGAAAUGGAUGUUACCAAGGAACGAGAACGAAGAAAGGAUUACUUUAGAAAGGAAUCCAAGGCAGCAAUUGCAAAGGCAAAGGCACAACGAUAGAAUACUUUGUACUAUAUUGUUUGAUUCAUCAAGUUCUUUCUAUUCUUUUUUAUUAUUAUUAUUUAUUUAUUUUAUUUCUGAUUUGAUCUUUUUGUUUUUUCUUUUACAUAUAUACAUCAUCAAUAAAGCAUACUUUUUUUUUUGAC